GAAAAACUGCAGGUAACUCAUAAACUCCAAUCUUCAUGUUUUCGUGGACUGAAUUUUUUUGGCCAAGUUCAGCCGUUCGCCGACGUAAAAACCAAGCAGUUCGCGAAGCUGAACAUUUGAAGAAUGCUUUAACGAGCAAUUUUAGCUCAACAAACUAUCUUUCAGACUUUCUAAACUCUCAAGUACCAGAUGCAAAUCUCGCACACAUUUUUUUGGAUCCAUCGAAGUCAUUCGCAGAAAACGCUCGUACAUUGUCGAGCCAGGCGCAUGCAAUCAAAACUUUGAUUGAUAAGUUGGAUAAAAAGAUUAAGAUUCAACUAGAACCACAUCUUUACGAGAGAAUUAUAAAUCACAACACUUCCUUUGAAGACAGGAUUGAAGCAGCUCGUGAAAUGUCGAAAGCGUCAGUUGAUAUCACCAGUGAUACGGUCAUUGGAGUUGUGGGCAAGCUUGUUUCUAAGAAUUACAUCCAGAUGCUUACAUCACGAACAGCCCAAUUUGCUACAACGCCACUGGCUAUUGCGAUUGGUACCGAUCUUUCAGCGGUUGCCGCUGACAAACUGGUGGAUACGGUCACAGCCGCAGCAAAAAGCGACAAUGCAGAUGACGGAAUUCUGGAACUCCGUGUAUUAGUCCAGGGAUAUACUGCUGACUCGGCAGAAUUCAGUGAUACAAUACAUGAAUUACUAGCUGAUGUGACAGUAUGGAACAAGUACCAUGCACGAUGAUCUUGUUACAGUGAUGUAAAAUGCGUU